AUGCGUCCCGAUAUUGCGUCCCAGCCUAUGUGCCGACGUCAUCUCUCGGCCGGUGUGCUACUAUUAUCUCUCAGCUGGCAGGUUGUUUGCCGGAUCCAGGUCAUGCUUGGCUCCCGACAGGCAGAUCCGGCUCCUCAGCUGACACAUUCAUCUAUCUUUUGGGGUCGUGAUGACUCGAUCAGCAACGCAACUAGCUCACCGAUCCAUCCGAGGGCGCUCCCCCGGGGCCAAGAGGCGAGCCCGCGGCUGGUGUUCGCUUCCCGCGCAGAAGAGAAGGAAUACUUUAAUGCGCGCCUUACCCCAGUGGAUUUCUUUCCAUUUCUGGAUCAUUGUAACGUGAUAUGCUAUCUCCUCGCUUCUAUCGCCCACCCCGUUGCCCAUACAGCGCCCGUCGCGCUCCUUCGUCGCAAUCGCAGUAUUAUCGGGAUCCAUGAACAUCUGAUAUUUGCAGCAUUGGAGCGAUCGCCAGAUCUCCCCAGUUCUAGGGAUUUAAGAUCCUGUCCGGCGACCUACUUCCAGACCGCGUGUUCGUCGAAAAGGAGGUGGAAAUGCUGGUUGUUUGCCGUCCCAGCCCUCAAGAUAUAUUUAUUUGCCUCGCCUUUGGACAGUUAUGGAUUUACAAACGAUCCCUCGGUUUCUUCUUCCUCUCAGCCACUUGAUUCUGGUCAAUUUGGUCACCCUACGCCGUCUGAUGCUGAGAGGUUCAGCUAUGAUGUCAGCAGGAUGCCAGAUUGCCCUCCGAAAAAUUCUGGCCAUCGUCGAGCUCACUCAGAAAUCCUGAGUCUCCUAGAUGACUUUAGCUUUGGUAGCGACCUUGGUGUGGUGAGGUCGCAUGAUGAGCCUUCACUGUCCGAUGAGACUGGGGAGGACCUUCCUUCGAUGUUUGUUGAUGCUGAAAACUUCAGCUCUUGUGCUACCUCUUCUAGUCUGUCCAUUUGUGAGGUAUCGCCUGCUCCAGAUGUUCCCUCCGGUUCCAGCGAGAGGCCAAGGAUGAGGCAUCGACAUAGCCAAUCUCUAGAUGGAUCUACUGCAAUCAAACCUGAGUUUUUGCUGUAUGGGGGUGAAGGGUCUUCAUCUAUGGAAACAAAGAAGGCUAUGCCAGCUGCAAAACUUGCUGAAUUGGCUCUUGUUGAUCUAAGGCGUGCAAAGAGGAUUUUGGCAAAUAGACAAUCAGCUGCAAGAUUAAAAGAAAGGAAGAUGAGAUACAUUUCAGAACUUCAAUGGAAGGCGCAAACUCUCCAAACUGAAGCACCCACAUUAUCUGCUCAGCUGAAUGUGCUACAGAGUUGCAGUAGUCCGAUGGAGGUUAUCUAGGGUGGAGUGGUAUGGGGACACCGGCAAGGUAGUCAGUCGAGUUCAACAGGAGGAUUGGCUUUGAAGUUCAACAAGAACAGUAUGGAGACGAUGUUAGAGAAUGUUUCCUGUGCUGAUUCCUUUGCAGGUGGUGGUAGGGCUGGGAUGCAACAGUUAAACAGUAAUAGAAGAGGCAUAGCCUGAAGGACAGAUACCAACGGUCUAACUGUUGAAAACAAUGAGUUGAAACUGCGAUUGCAGGCAAUGGAACAACAAGUUCAUUUGCAGAACGCACUGAAUGAGACACUGAGAGAAUAGAUCCAGCUGCUGAAGAUGACUACUGGCCAAAUGUUGCCGAGUGGCGGGCAAAUGAACUUUGCUCCAACUUUUGGUGCAAACCAACAAUAUUACAAUCAUAAUCCUGCAAUCCAAUCUCUCUUGGCAACUCACCAGCAUCAGCAACUACAAAUCCGUUCUCAGCAUCCACAACAGCUGCAACCUCAUCGCGGACUCAACCGCGCCAGGUUCAGCAACAAUCGCAGCCCCCAUUGUUGCCUUUCCAGAACCGGUUCGGCAAGGCUCCAUUUGACAACAGUAAAACUCAUGAAUGAUGUUUAACCACUGAUUUCUUAAGCCUUAACCAUGAAGUGCUCUGCGUUUCUUCUUAUUUCUAGAGCUUAGAUAAUUAUACAUUGACUAAAAUCUAGUUACUUAUAUUGCAUACGUAGUAGUUUGUGUUUCACAGAAUUCUUUCUUGUGUGUUUGUCCCUGAU